AUGUUUGUACCACGUGGACUAGAAGCUGGUGCCAAUGUAGCAGCGCAACAGGUGGAAGAACGUCGACGAGCUCAACUAGAAACUAGAAAUGAUGCUCUACGUUUUUUGUUAAUUCCAAUUGCUUUGGAACUUGGAGCUCAUUUCUGUAGUUUGGUGCUCGGUUGGGAUUGGAUAUGCACAUAA